GCGCUAGCCGGGGGUGUCGGCAGGCCGGCCAGCAAAUCACGUGUCGGAUUAUGUCAUCCACCCAAGGCAUGCGCCGAAUCGGGGGCGGACGACCGACUUCGAACUUUUUGGGCCAGGCGAGACAGCUCGAACCGCGCCCAUUGCCUGCAUCUCUCGAUAUCUGGACGCCCCAUGCCGCGGGACCACCCAUCAUGAGCCUCCACCUUCCAACGCGGAGGGUCCUCGGGACCACUCCGACGGUCCUCAAGACCCUCCGCCCGACCAUCUUGCUCUCUCCUUCCGCCUCACCAUCCUCCCAGGUGUGCCGUCUCCUGAAGCAGCAGCAACACCAACUCCAGCAGACCCGCAAUGCCGCCUCAAAACCCAACUCCCGGAACAUGCUCCGGAGCUACAAGAAGCCGAAGGACCUGCACAAGCCGGGCGGCGCGCUCGGCGACCUGACCUCGGCCGAGGGGCGGCGCAGCAUGGAGGACAGGAUGCGGGAGCGCAUGACGUCGACCCGGCUCGAGUCCAAGUCCAUCUUCGACGACGAGCUCAAGGCAGUGGACAACGAGGAGGGCCAGCGCGGGCCCGUCGACAGGCAAGGCAAGGGCCAGAACACGACGGGGUCGCGCGAGUCCGUCAUGGGCGCCUCGCUGCUGCGCGACCACAUGCGGAACGCCAUCGACCCGGACCCGCAGAGCCGGAUGCGGUGGGAGCGGCGGAUGGUGACGAGGCAGGUGGUGCGGAAGCUGGACGCCCGCGGGCGCGAGACGCGCGACGAGCGCAUCCGCCGCACCGAGCGCGAGGCCACCAGCAGGUCCCCCUGGCUCGCCACAUCGACCAAGAAGCUCGUCCACCUGGCCCACCAGAUCUCGGGCAAGACGCUAGAGGAGGCCCGCACCCAGAUGAAGUUCUCCAAGAAGAAGUUCGCCCGCGAGGUUCUGUACGAGCUGGAGCUGGCCCGCGACAAGGCCGUCGUCGAGCGCGGCAUGGGCCUCGGCAAGUCGACCGGGGAGUUCGUCCCCGGCACCACCGAGAAGAGGACGGUCAAGGACUUCAGGCACGGCAAGUUCGUAGAGAUCGAGGACCCAAGCAGGAUCUACAUCUCUGAGGCGUGGGUGAAUCGAGGGCCCUGGAGAGGCAAGAAGCCAAACUACCGGGCACGAGGACGUGUGGACCUCCUCCAGAUGCCCCAAGCCAGCAUCACAAUUCGACUCAAGGAGGAGAAGACACGGAUACGAGAGUAUGAGGAGAAGAAGGCGAGGCAGUAUAGGCAGGGCCCAUGGGUACAUUUGCCCAAUAGGCCAGUCACAGCUCAACGGCCCUUUUAUUCCUGGUAGAGACUCAGCGGCCUGUACGAUAAAAGAACGAAUUGGACCGACCCAACGGUGAUGCCCGGUAACUCACACAGGCUUUGGUUGACUGUCCCCUGUGCCGCCAUACCAACUGGGCAGUGCCUCUAUACAAUCAAUCAUCUAUGGAAUAACUUCCGUGGAACAGCCUUGGGUAAAAAAGCCUCCCCAGCCCCGCCUAGCACUGCCCCACCCAGACCGAUCUAUAGAAUUGCCCAGGUAACAUGGCAGGGAAUGAAUUUUCAGUUGAAAUCUUCCACAGGAAGACAGCUAGCUCAUGAGAACAUUGCCUGACGAGCAACACUCCUACCCUACAAGGUACUCAGGUCGGAGACGAGCAAGCUCGGAGGCCCUACCAUGAAGGUCCACAUUUCUCCAAGGGCGUGGUUACCUACUAUAGUAGUAUAUGUGAUGAGACUCCGUGAAAUACAACCCCUAUACUAAGA